UCGUAUAAGUGUUCGUGCGAUAAGAGGGAUCGCGAUCCAUCGAAUACAUAAUCCUGUUAUUAUUUGUUUAUUUUGUUUUCCUCAAUUCGACGCACUGUGCAAGAUAAAUGAUUCUCUUUCGCGCGAAGAAGGCCUGCAGUGUUGAGAAUACCACGAAACGUGGAACGUGAACGUGCAAUUAAAAUACACCCUACAUAAGUAUAUUCAGUGAAAAAGCAAAACCUGUACGGUGGGUAAAGUGAGAGACUUUGGUGAAGAGCUGUACGCACACUUUGAAGUUUACUACCGUCAUUGGGCCUAGAUUUCUCUUCUCUACUUCUUAGUUGUUUUCUUCUUCUUGUUCGUCGUCAUCGUCGUCCUCGAGGUUGUUUCAGUUGUAUAUAUAAUACGCUUUAUAAAAUACAUCAUUUCACAUCUGGAUGGGAGCCAUAAAUUCGCGUAGUAUGGAUUUCGAACAGGAUCCAGGACUCACCGCUAUCUUGCAAUAUUUGAUCAGAAGUGGGCAGGUACAUAUCAUAUCUUCGGAUCAGGAUGACUCUGACGAAGAGUACGGCAGUUCGCAACCGCCCAGAGUGACGACAAAACCUAACACAUCGAUUCUCGACAAGAGUGAAAUAAGUCUGGCAACAAAACAGGCUUGCGGACUUGGCGACACCGGCGGUAAACCAGCCACGUCGAUUACUUCUAUGAUACAAAAAAGAGCUGUAGGGCCAGGAUUUAGUGCAGGACAAAAAUGUAGAAUAGCCAGCAGUUUUCUACCAAACAAAAUGCGUCAAGUGGCUAAAUACAGCAGCAAGGCUUUCUGUGGAUCGCAUUCCAAAGAUGGGAGAUUUUUCCUUACCGCCAGUCAAGAUCGAUUUUUACGUCUUUACCACACACAGGAUGGAGAAUUUUUAGAAUUCAAAAAGAUUCCGGCACGUGACGUUGGAUGGAGUAUUCUAGACACAGCUUUCAGUCCCGAUGGCAACUACAUUGUAUAUUCUAGUUGGUCCGAAUGCCUAUACUUGUGCCCCGUUUAUGGUGAUUCUGUGAUCCAAGAAUCCCUCUCGUUGUGUCCAGAAGACCGGAGAUUUUGUAUAUUUUCUCUAGUAUUCUCUAGCGACGGCAGGGAAAUACUUGGCGGUGCUAAUGACGGAUAUCUAUAUGUAUACGAUAGAGAAUGUCAUCAACGUGCUCUUAGGAUCGCGGGUCAUGGUGACGAUGUAAACACAGUUGCCUUUGCAGACAACACGUCACAAAUUUUAUACAGUGCAGGAGAUGACGGUCUUUGCAAGGUUUGGGACAGAAGAACGUUGAGCGAAACCGAUCCUCACCCUGUAGGUAUUCUCGCAGGGCAUAUGGACGGAAUAACUUAUAUCGACCCACGAGGAGACGGCAGAUAUUUGGUAACAAACAGUAAAGAUCAGACAAUCAAGUUAUGGGAUGUCAGAGCAUUCUCGGACCAAAAUGCCGAGCUAAACACACGCAAGGCCGUCGCUACUCAAAAUUGGGAUUACAGGUGGCAGCGAGUACCAAAAAGUUUGUAUAAAGUAAAGAAUAUGCUCGAAGGAGAUACAAGCGUGAUGACGUAUCGAGGGCACUCCGUGUUGCAGACUUUGAUACGUUGUCAUUUUUCACCGGCCGCGACAACGGGUCAGAGAUAUAUAUACACGGGUUGUGCGACGGGAAAAAUAAUAAUAUAUGACGUGUUGACUGGUGUAAUAGUCAAUGCUCUCAAUGGACACAAAGGCUGCGUCAGAGAUGUCAGUUGGCAUCCGUUUCAUCAAGAAAUAGUAUCGACUUCUUGGGACGGAACAAUAGGGAGUUGGCGGUAUGCAGGCGGAACUUCACUCGACAGUUCAGACUCCGAUGACGACAAUGAUACAUUAUUGCGGCCGCGUGCAUUAAGACGUAGCCAAAGAAUAGCUGCCCAACGUGCGAAACACACAGUGGCCUGUUAAGUAGGUAAACGAAAUUGCUACGUGGCCAGGUAACACAUACGUUUGGGAUGGGCUGGUUCUAUUCCCAGAGAAAAAAAAAAAAGUGAUUAAAAUAUCCGACACCUGGACUGUUGGAUAAUAAGUAAAAGUAGAUUUUUUACAAGACUGAGCGUACUUUUAUUUCUUUUUUGCGUUUCUUAAACAGCGUCAAAGAAUCAGCCCAUUUUCACGAGUAACAUUAUAUUAACACAAUAAAUGGAUAGAAAAAACAAAACAUUAGAAAAAAUUACAAGCAAAAAAAAAAAAUCGUUGAAAAAAAAUUAUUUUUCGUGUUUUUUCGGACUGGGCUUCCCCUACGAUACCAAUAUUGUUACUAACUUUUUUCAUAACAUCUAGAAUGCGGCAGUGUGUUGAGACUAAUUAACCAAUACCUUCUUUUACGUCUUAUAUGCGAACAGCGAGUGUUGAGAAAACAAAGAAACAACAAUGUUCCCAGAGAUAUUUUAUCAUCACCAUUUAGAACCCUCUGUUACGUUCCAUUUCAAGCAUAUUCAAACUUAUCCAUCCAUGAAAUGAAAUGUUCGUUUGAAUAAAAUAUUUUGAAGAAAGAUUUUCGUAGAAGUGUGAAUUAAAAAAAAAAGUAAAAAACGUAAAAGGGUAAUGAAAAGUAUAAAUAUCCACCACAAGUUUGAGUUUAUAAAAUGGAGGGAAGAAACAAGUUGAGCGAUACAGACACGCUUCCACUAGUUAGUCCAGAUUGUUUAGAAAUGAAAUCAAUUUAAUGCACUAAGUACGGCAUGUAAAAAUUUUUGGAGUUAAGCAUUUAAUCAAACUCUAAUCUAAUUAUCGAUAAGAAUUACAUCUGAUCGUCGUGCCAUGACAAGUGUUACGGACCACGGAGUAUCGGUAUUGCUACACCUAAUUUUCUCGCUGUGUUGGCAUUUGUUGGUCUCAGUGUACUAAAUAAUUUUGCUAUACAUUAAAAUUCCGUUCGGUGCCUAAUAUUAAGUAAACAUAAAACUCUUGAAUUUGACAUUCGAGGUAAUACUUUCCAAGCUUUGUAAAAAAAAUUUAUUGAAUCUAAAGGGAUACGCCAAAACGAAGACGUCUUGUUAACUUACUUUUCAUGUAAGUAUCCUUUUUUUACCCACGAAAAGGAUAACAAGAAAACAAAAAAAAAAAAAAACGCAAAAACA